AGCGGACAGCCCAGUAGAGCCCGGCCCAUCCAAGAACCAAGACUAGAGCGGGACCCGCACGUCAGUCACACGCACAAGUCCUCCCGAGUCCACCUCCUUCCCCUUCCCCCGAUCUUAUCCUCGGCGAAGCUGCUGCUCUAAUGGCGGAUCCGCCGGCGUCGUCCCCGGCCGACGAGGCGCGGGAUCCAGGUAUCUCAGAAGCUGCUCAUGGUACUAGUACGACGCAAGACACGAAAGAGCAGGAGGACAUGAAAGGAGAAGCGGCUGUUGCGACCUCUGAACCGGUGAGGGAGGAACUGGUCCAGAGUGCCGUUAGUUUUCUGAGUCACCCCAAAGUCGUGGCAUCUUCCGAUGUCCAGAGGCGUUCCUUCCUGGAAAAUAAAGGGCUCACCAUGGACGAAAUCGAAGAAGCGUUUCGGCGUUUGCUUCUUAGCCCGCCUUCAAACUCUGCAAGUUCAGAUGCUUGCAAACCUCCAGGGGCUCCUGACCCUGAAACUGUGACCCCUGUGGCGCCCCGGCACCCAAAAUCAUAUAUGGAGGUCAUGGAAAUGAUACAGAGGGGAGAGCGGCCAGAUGAUAUCCAGGAUAUUAAUGAUGAGCCACCAAACCCUGAUCAGCCAAUCUCGAAACCCAGUAUGGCACCCAAGCCCAAGCCAUGGGAGAAGCAAGGCCAACAAAGUUCCGGUUGGGACCUGAAGGUUCACUCAAGCGACCCAAGCGAAUCGUCGUCAGGAGUUCGAACCGAUAGCACCAGCCAGGCCACGGGAUCAAACAACAGCUCCGGUCACGGGGACUUGAUGCUGACGGCAGAGCCAGCUACAGGAUCUGAAGCCCCCGUGGAUGACGUUGCCGCCUCGCCGAAGCAGUAACUCUGGAAAUGCAUAGACGAACGGCGGUGGGAUCAGGACAUGAUGUGAAUCAGCGUCGGCCUGAUGCUGCUUCAGAUUCCAGCACCACAUUGUUGCAUCUUCCGUUAUUAUCAGAAACUAGCUUAGUUUAGGGGGUCAGCAGCAUUCUUGGGAAGCUGGGAUUGGAUUCUUGCUGGAAAUGAGCACCUACAUUAUGUACUUAUCAUUGGCAUUCUUCACUUGUUGACACAUCCCUACUGCUGGGGUGUGCCUUGCAUGUAAUGUUAAUCCAAGAAAGCACACCCGGUUAGUGUGGUCA